UUUCCUGUUUAUUUUUCUGACUGCAGCAUCCUGUGCUAAUUGGUCUCAGUGUGACAUGAAGUCAUGUUAAAAUCUUCCUGUUAGAACCUCACAGGCAUGUGCUAAAUAACAGCAGGUGUGGAUUUAUUAUUAUUAUUAUUAUUAUUAUUAUUAUUCCUAUGGUUGUAGAGGUAAUUUGUGGAAUUUUUUUUAAUGACCUAAAAAAAUUCUUUACAUUAUUUUUAAUUACAAAAUGGUGCACAGCUGGCUCUGACAUUUAUUUGUGUGUGUAUAUAUAUAUAUAUAUAUAUACACACACACACACACACAAAUUAAUUAGGUUUUGGGGGAAAAUAAUGCAGCAAUGUAAAAAGCCUUCCAUGCAAAUGUUUUUAAGUCGUUUUAUUUUGAAAAGUGCGCUUGUGUAUCCGGUUUUAAUGCGUGGAGCUUGACAGUGUGGGUUCGGAUGCUCGGUGACAGUCUGUUCGUCCUCACGGCGCUGUUCAGAAGAACUGCUUCUCAACAUCUGGAGACGUUUUCGCUCAAAACCUGAGGAUGGAGAAGUACGAGAAGAUCGGAAAGAUCGGAGAAGGAUCCUACGGAGUCGUCUUCAAGUGCCGAAACAAAGACACCGGUCAGAUUGUUGCCAUCAAAAAGUUUGUAGAGUCGGAUGAAGAUCCCAUCAUCAAAAAGAUCGCGCUGAGGGAGAUCAGGAUGCUCAAGCAACUGAAACACGCCAACCUGGUGAACCUGAUUGAGGUGUUUCGGCGUAAACGGAGGCUACACCUUGUGUUUGAGUACUGUGACCACACAGUCCUCAAUGACCUGGACCGAUACCCCCGAGGUGUUCCAGAACCCCUUGUUAAAAGUAUAACCUGGCAGACAUUACAAGCUGUUAACUUCUGUCACAAACAAAAUUGCAUUCACAGAGACGUCAAGCCGGAAAAUAUUCUCAUCACCAAACACCAGGUCAUCAAGCUCUGUGACUUCGGCUUUGCCAGGAUACUCACGGGUCCAUGUGACGUCUACACGGACUACGUUGCGACCCGUUGGUACCGGGCUCCUGAGCUGCUGGUGGGAGACACCCAGUACGGCCCCCCUGUGGAUGUGUGGGCAAUCGGCUGCGUGUUUGCUGAGCUGCUGUCUGGGAUUCCUUUGUGGCCCGGGAAGUCUGACAUGGACCAGCUGUACCUGAUCAGAAAAACUCUGGGAGAUCUCAUCCCACGACAUCAGCACGUCUUCAGCAACAACCAGUUCUUUGGCGGCGUGUCCAUCCCAGAACCACCAGAGAUGGAACCACUGGAGCAGAAAUAUCCCAAUCUUUCACACCAAGCUCUGAGUCUGAUGAAGGAUUGUCUAAGGAUGGACCCGGGUGAGCGGCUAACGUGUGAGCAGCUCCUCCAGCAUUCUUAUUUUGACAGUCUGCGGGUGAAAACUGAGAGCACCGCUCGAGAACAUGGGCGGCCCACCAACAAGAGGACACGUUUACCACGAAAACACUUACAACCCGGGUAUUUACCACAGCUCACCAGCAGCAGUGUAUUUCCAGCUCUGGACAAUAAGAAGUACUACAACAGUCUGCGGAAGUUCAACUAUCAUCUACCAAACAUCUGAGCUCCAUCUGAACACCAAUGCGGACAAAUGGUUUCUGGUGAAAAGUCAUGAAAUGAAGUUAGCUUGGUAGCAUAGGAGAGAGGAGGUAGGAUUCAGCCACUAUUUUAAAAUUAGUCAUUUUCACCAUAGGCCAAGCAGGCUUUUGGUAUCAUCUACUGUGAUUAAACAAUACCGUCCAGCCUCGGUAUACCAUAACCGACUCAAAAACAUAUGAUAACCAUCUCAGAGUGGCAGCUACAGCCAGGUAAAAGUCCCUUCAGCUGCUCCCUUGUUUGUCCUCAGGGUCGCCACACCAAAUCAGAGGUGGAUCUACAUAUUGAAUUGGCACAAGUUUUAUGCCGGAUGCCCUUCCUGAUGCAACGCCACAUUACAUGGAGAAAUGUGGCAGUGGUUGGGGUUGAUCCAGGAACCUUCUGCACUGAAACCAAGUGCACUAAUCACUUGGUCACUACAGGUAGAGAAGUCAAUAACGGAUUACGCAGAUGUCAAAACUUUAAAUUUAUGGAGUUAUGGUGCAAAAAACAACAAAAAUAGUGACAAAGACCAAUUUGACUUUGUACUAAAGUUUAAAGUUGCUCCAGUUUUGGUAUAAAAAAGAAAACAAAAAGUGAAGCAAACUGUUAGUUGAACUACUAGUAGUUGAAAGAGGAAUAGCAUUCAGUGAACGUUGAUAUUGUUUGCCUAUUACAUUUUUGUAUCAUAUUAGCUCAACCAAUAAUUUCCAUCAACUUGGGUUUUUGUCCCUGAACAAAUUGAAACUAGCUUUGUCAUAAUUUUUGCUGUUUUUUUACCCAUAACAUUUAGUCACGGAUGGUCUAUACUAUAGCUUUAUGGAAUCUUUGCGAACAGACACAUAAUGUGGUAUACUUUUCAAUAUGAUUGCAUCAUUUUUAACAUUUAACCCUUGUGCAAUCAUUCAUUAACUACUGGCUACAGCUACCAUUCUGAGAAGGUUAUAC